UUCUAUCCUCCUCACACAGACAGGCAGCAAAACGAGACAGCCCGGACCCGGACUGGAGACGUCCACACGACAUGUCUCGAAGCUUCCACUCGAGCCAGGGUUAGGGUUUCGCUCCCUCCCGUCGUCAGCCCCAGCCAUGUCCGGGCGCGAGGUCCGCGAAUACACCAAUCUCAGCGACCCUAAAGAUAGGAAGUGGGGGAAGGGGAAGGACAAGAUCGACGAUGAAGACAUCACCUUCCAGCGCAUGGUUGCAAAGAUGCAAGAGGUUGCUGGUGAGAGGGGAGGCUACCUUCAUGGGCGAGGAGCAUUGGACAGUGAUGACUUGCUUUACCUGAAAGAACAAAUGGAAGCUGAGGAAGAUGCAGAGCGUCUUCUUCGUCAUACAGAGAAGCGGGCAUUUGCUGCUUUUAAGAAAGCAGCAAUUUUAGCUGAUUCUACACCUGCUGUUCCUGUGGCUCUUCGUGUUGAACCUAAACCUAAAAGCAAUAUAAGGCAACAAGAUCUCUUGAAGCAUAUUGUUGGUAUCAAACCAAAGCGGCCAAAAGUUAGCAGUCCUUCACAGCCAGCAGAGAGCAAUACACCAAAGAAUGACCGAGAAGAUUCUGUCUGCAAGAUGUCUUCACCGCAGAAUCAAUCGGAACCACUUGUGGAUGAGAAGGAAUCAUCUCAUGGGAUUGUCAGUGCUGAGCACACAAUGUCGAAGUCAGUUGAACGGACAGAGGCUAAGCAACAGAAUACAACUGGAAGCUUACUUGGCUUAGCUUAUGAGAGUUCAGAUGAUGAAUAAUAAUCAGUCAUGAAGGCCCCAUUUUGAUCGUAGAAGAUUUCCCUGGUUCCUAUUUCCUGUGCAAUCCCUGCAUUCCACACGGUGUAGAAGAGAUCAAAGCGUUAUGUAGAUUGUAUAUUAGUUUCUUUUGUACUGUUGUUAGGUUAUGUUUUGUGUCUGCAAUCAACGAAAAAUUGCUUUAAGGUUGCUGCUCUCCAAUGAAAAUCGUUAUUUCCAUCUUACUCUA